GUUAAAGCUGUUAAAGUGGGGUUUAAAAAUGUGUAAAUACAGUUACAUUAAGAUAAAUGUUAGCAAUAUUAUCUUACAGUUGCACAAUGUUAAUAUAAUAUUAUUGUCUCUAUUUAUAAAAAGUCAUGUAAUGUGCCUUUAUAUUGUAUCACCUUAGAUUAGUAAAUUCAGGAAUUUUAAGAUGGAUAUAUUCUUGACCACUUAUCACUUAAAUAGUAAUUGAUAAAACAAUGCACAUACCCUAUUCAUAUCAGGAGGUAGAUCUACUUGGAUAACCUCUUAGGAUAGAAACAUAUCAACACUAAGUUAUUUUCCUCAUUCUCAAAAGAUUGAAAUAUAUGUUUAUCUGAAAUGUACUGUAUCAAAUAUUGAAAAUUAUUAAUUCAAUGAUGUGGUACUCAUUCUCUCAUGGGUCAAUCACACACCAUGUGACUAACAAUAAUAACACAGUAUUCCAUGUGAUAUAUUCAUCGUUCAAAACUAGGCCAUAUUCUGAUAUUGUGACAUGAUGUGACUUACACCACUCAGAUUCCAUGGAAAAUCUGAGAUCAUGUGGCUUGGUUUCCAAUGGUCAAGAGCAUGGGCAUAAUAAAACAAAUAUUGAAAGAUGUGAUUGUUGGUUCGGCUUCUUGUGGGCUGAAGAGUCUCAUGCACACAUUGAAUCAAUGAUAAACCCGCAAAGUUGAAUCAUUCAUUUAAAUAGCCUUUUAAUUAAUCAGGUAUAUGUAUUCUGUUAAAUGAACAAUAAUAAAGUUAUACUGGCCUCAAACUGUUAAAGAGGCAUUAUCUGUGUUAAUCAAAAAUCACUUAUAUUGAAUAUUCUGUUACUGUAGUUGCUAUGAAUGGAAUGAAAUAUUAACUUGAUUUUUGUGAAAAUUGGAAUGGUAGAAUAAUUUUUUUUCAAUAAGAGUGUUUUCAAAUUACCAUUUGGACAGAUAUCAUUUAAAAAUGGCUUCACCUCAGUACCAUGCAUACACCCACCCCCCAAAAAAUAAAUGUUAUUUUGCUCAGAUAAGCUAAAUAUAUUAUUGUGCGUUUUAAAGAUACAGUGUCAUUAUCAUUAUCAAAGUAAAGUCUUGGCAGCUCUUGCCAUUAACGCAACUGCAUUAAUAUUUCCACAAUAAAUGAAGCAUUUUAGACUGUCAUUGUAUAAUUGUUUGUUUUAGUCUUAUUUGCUAAAAAUAGACAGUGUUUUAGCUGUAGACUCAAGGUACAAAAAUGUAAUAACACACAUUCCCAAAAAUGCCCCAAGUUACCUAAUUUGGGAUCAACCUUGUUUUCUUGGAUUGUGUGUUAAUUACUCCAAAGAUACUGUGAAUCUAUUUAUUAAAAUAAUUAAUAAUAUAAGUACAUGAGAUAUCAGAGUUCAGAACAGAAAAACCUGAAUUUGGGGACUGGUGUCGAUAUACCAAAUUAAAGGGACCCAAUUUUGUCCCAUGGUGUUCACCACAUUCAGGUUUUCCUGUAAUCUCUCUGACAUUUUCUGUUUAUUCUACUCAUAUAAUAUUGUACUUAAUUGUAAUAAAUCUAUUUAUAUACACAAAGAUUCUGCAUUUUGUAUUUAUUUGUAUCCCAUGACCAUAGGUGGUGUAUAUCCCAUGACCAUCAGUCAAGUAGGUGGUGUAUAUCCCAUGACCAUCAGUCAAGUAGGUGGUGUAUAUCCCAUGACCAUUAGUCAAGUAGGUGGUGUAUAUCCCAUGACCAUCAGUCAAGUAGAUGGUGUAUAUCCCAUGACCAUCAGUCAAGUAGGUGGUGUAUAUCCCAUGACCAUCAGUCAAGUAGAUGGUGUAUAUCCCAUGACCAUCAGUCAAGUAGGUGGUGUAUAUCCCAUGACCAUCAGUCAAGUAGAUGGUGUAUAUCCCAUGACCAUCAGUCAAGUAGAUGGUGUAUAUCCCAUGACCAUCAGUCAAGUAGGUGGUGUAUAUCCCAUGACCAUCAGUCAAGUAGAUGGUGUAUAUCCCAUGACCAUCAGUCAAGUAGAUGGUGUAUAUCCCAUGACCAUCAGUCAAGUAGGUGGUGUAUAUCCCAUAACCAUCAGUCAAGUAGGUGGCGUCAUCCUAUGUAAUGAUAUAGGAAAUAUGGAAACAUUUGUCUUGUA